UAGUUUCAGGUAUAAAUAGCUCAUAGUUUGGCUGAUCUUUGGUUUUAGAAGUUUUGUUUCUGUUCUAAGUAGACCUACUCGACCACAAUAUUUGAAUCGUCAACUGUCAGGUUUAGGCUACAUAUAGGCCCUAUCAACAUUUCAUUAAAGUCUAGUUUCAAUAAAAAAAAAUUAAAUUAAAAAAUCUUACAAUUAGGAGGAAAGAAAUGGCAUACAAUUCAUCUCCUAGAGGUACUGUUGAUUUUCUGCGUUACGCACUUCAACAUGACCGAGAGAGCCCUGCAUACUGGAGUACAAAUGGCAAAUUCCAGCCUUUUCUGGUUGACGUCAGGGAUUUUCGAACAAACGAGGCCAUUAAGUCCCUGGUGCAAGAAACAUGGGACAGAAGGCUGGUGGGUGAAGGUCGAGAUGCAAGAGGUUUAGAACACAAUCAGAUUGUCGUUCUGGGUGUUGAGAGAAUUGAGAACGCCACACUUUUCGCUGCAUACCGUAAAGCCAGGCGGGACAUGCUUCGGAGGCAGAUAGCGAGAGGGUGUAUCUGUCCUGACAUUGCCACGCUGUCCCGAAGAGAGAGACAGAAUGUACUCACAACUCGACUUCUCCCUGGCUUCAUGAAGGAAGACUUAUACCAUGAGAUUAAUGAACAUUACGUUUUCCACGGAACCACCGUAGAUAGAAUUGGCGGACUUGUCACUGGAGGUUUCAAUGUCAGGCAAUCAAGUGACGACAACUUAUUUGGCCGUGGAAUCUACACCGCUGAAAAGGCAAUUAAAGCAGAUCAAUACGCAGAUCCAACUCAGAACAGAAGUCCUCCGGGAAACAGACUGAAACUGAUUCUGUGCAGAAUGCUACUUGGAAAUCCUCUAGUACUUCAGGAACAGUUCAAAAACCCACUACCUGCUCAGUACGAUUCCAUUAUCAGUGAAGGCUGGAUGUUUAGAGAGUUUGUGGUUAAAGAGGACGAUAGAAUUUAUCCGGAAUACGUCAUCACAUACACGAGGCAGUAACAUUCUGGAGCCGAAGACAGAGGAACUAAUCACUUUUCUUUUCACAAGUGUAUGUCUGAGCAAUGUCAAUAACGUUAAGACACGUACAUUAUCACUGAGUUAUUAUUUUUUGAUAACACUUUUCUUCAUGGCAUAGCUUAGUGUGAUUGGGACUGGAUAUAGCGUGGAAAAUGCUUUAAAAAACUCACGAAUUAUUUUUUCAAGAGCAAAAGUAACAAAGUAACAUACAGUAAAAUGUGAUAGCUGUUAUUAAACUUUGAGACACAAUUAACAUAUUUCAUGAUCAUAAUUUAUUAUAGACCUUUAGUUUCAUUCAUCGUACAGCAUAAUUAACAUAUCACACUGCACCAAUUUUAAGUUUUAUUUUGUAUUGAUAUACAUUAAAAGAUUUUUUUUUACACUACAAACCACAAUAGUUACACUAUUUUAAAAAUAAUAAUAUUAACAAAUACAAUUUUUCUUCUUUUUAUAUGCGAUUGAAAUGAAUUUGAACAUAUCACGUGACGUGAGUUUAAAGGUUUCAUGGUUGUCGUUUGCUGUGUUACCCCUCUUUCCCUUUCGAAUUUCACAAACAACAUAUAGGCCUAUAGUAAAAAACAAUAAAGCUCUUAGUAAUUGGCAUUUUAAUGCUGUGCGGAUUUGAUUCUUAACUUCUGUAAUUCUUUUAAUUCGUUGUGGAACAUUUCUGUAUCUUGUUAUAUAUUAUGUAAUUAUAUGUGUUGAUAUGGUGCGCAAAGGUGCACGCGUUCAAUAUAAUAAAGUAUCAUUCUCCGCCAUGA